AGAGAAGUGAAGCAGAGCAGUCUUUUAGACAGACGCAGCGACACAAAUAACUCAUUUUUCUUACAUAUAUUCCUUAUUUGUGUAUCUAUCUAAUACUUGUAUGCGACGCGGUGGCGCGUGUCGCGCAUGAAACCCCUCGCUUCGCAUGCAGCCAACCGACCAGUAAGUGCUGUUAGCCUGACAGCUAACGUUAAACUUACAGCAUCCAUGAAGAAACCCAACCCCGGAUGAAAUGCUGUAAACACGACUGACGAGCUCGUCUCGAGUUUGCUAGUCGCCCGCUUGUCUCAGAGAGAAUACACCAGAAUGACAGAGGAUGCCGUCUUGCUGAACGUCCCUGUCAUUCGGCAGCUCUACCACUGGGACUGCGGGUUGGCCUGCUCCAGGAUGGUCCUGAAGUACCUCCAUCCAGUCAGUGAUGAGGAGUUCCAGAGAGCAUGCUGGGAGCUCAAGCUGACGGAGAGUGUGUGGACUAUUGACCUGGCCUACCUCAUGUGCCAUCUAGGAAUCAAACACUGCUUUUGCACGCAGACUCUGGGCGUCGAUAAGGGUUUUAGGAAUCAGUCCUUCUACAAGAAACACUUUGAUACAGAAGAGGACAGAGUGAAUGAGCUUUUCCUUCAAGCAGACAGCAACGGUGUGGCGCUGAAGAAAUGCUCUGUGAUGAUUCAGGAAAUCCAGUCCCAUCUGGAGCAGGGCCACGUGGCCAUAGUGCUGGUUAAUGCUGUCGUCUUGACAUGUGAACUCUGCUCCUCGCCUGUCAAGUACUGCUGCUUCCUGCCUGUGGGCCAGAAGUGUUUCUGCAGGAAGCCGGAGUACCAGGGUCACUUUGUUGUGAUAUGCGGCUUCAACAGGACCACUGGCUCCGUUUUCUACAACAAUCCAGCGUAUUCUGACCGCGUGUGCUGCACCAGCAUCACUAACUUUGAGGAGGCUCGGUGGAGCUACGGGACCGAUGAGGAUAUCCUGCUGGUCUUCAAGGAGAGUUGAUGGACAGUGAUGAUGGGUUUGGAUUUCACUCCGGCUCAUCAUUGUAAGGACCUGAUGCUGCAGGUCGACAGUGUUGGACCCGCGGCUGCUCCUGGUGUCGCAGAUCUCAUGGGCCAUCCUCUCCGGUGCUAAGAAGCCCAGCUGCUCACGUGACUGCUGCAGAUUCACCGCUCUUAUUUCCUCUUACACAGUCACUACCACUCGACCGCUGCAGGACUAACAGCUGGGAGUUAAAUCUAAGUUAAAUGUAUUUUUUUAUCCUCUUUUUUGAGGAGAUUAGCAGAUAGACCAUAGCUUUUAUUGCCUCUUAGUUGAAUUUUAAUGACUCUAAUGUGAGCUAUUGAAAUCUCAAACUGUGAGCAGGAUGAAAUGUGGGAAGCAUGACAGAAUACAACAUACAUGGAAAUAGUGUGCACAUGAUUCAGGGCUUCAAAUAACGUUUAGUAUAAGCAAUUUGUUUCUGCUGUUCAGCGUUGAAGUCCAGAAGAGGCUCAUCAGCAGCCUCAACCUCCACUUGCCUUUAAAAAAAAAGAAAUCCUCCUAACUCACCUCAUCACUUUUUAUUCUGAUGAUUCUAUCAACAGGUAAUACAGGAAGUAGUUGUGCUUUGAGAGUCUCAGGUAAUUAAUGCCCUAAAGUGUGACAUUGAUCGAUAGCUAGUUCAAAAUCUGCCUGCAGAAGAAUACGGACAGAGGAUUGACCGUCUGGAACAGGAACACCGGAGUAAUUAAUUUCAAUUAAGAAUAAACAGCCCAACAUCUUGUGUUUUGGUGUCACGGCAACGUGCUGGAUAGAUGGAUACAUCGUAUGCUUGUUUUGAAUGUGUGGCAGAACAAAGGUGUAAUUUUUUACUCAUGUUCUAUGUUGAAAGUGGUGAAGAUGAUGUCAUUUCCUCGUCACCUAUUUAUUUUUUUUCUUUUAAAUGUUGGUAUUAUGUUUUUGCACUACACUUUUCAAACCAGACAUAAUGUGUUAUUUAAAUAUUGACCAUGAAAUUGCUGUUCUUGAACCUAUACAAAAAUGAUUUCUUCCUGGUUGUGCUUUUUGGUAAGAAUAAAUGGCAUGUUUCAAACCUCAAACUUUAUUUUUUAUUAAACAGAGCUGCAUUUAUUAUAUGUUAUGAUUAAAGAAGGAUUUGAACAUGUG